AUAACAGCACAUUAUCACCAUGGCGACUGAACAGAGAACCUAUAAAAGACUGAAAGAAACCCGACGUCUGGCCAAAAAGGUUGCGCCGGAAAAGUCAUUCGAAUCUGAGUCAGAAGAUGAAGAGAUUGAAUGGAUUGGGGAACCACUCAAUAAAGAGACAUUCUUGCGUAGAAAGCCUAUCGAUAGGGAUAAAAACCAUAGCAUUGCCGACAGUCAUAGUAGUGGGCUAGAGCGGAUCCCUUUGAGGAGGGCUACUCGCGGUUCUGGUUUUUCUAAUAUCCCAUAUUAUGGCGGGUUUAAGAAAGGUCGUACGACCUAUUUCCUUGGUGACACUGUCCUUCUCCGAAAUAAACAAUACUCGGGAAAAUAUGAGUAUCCCCAUGUGGCACAGAUACUGGAACUGUGGGAGACUGAGGAUGGAGGGCUCGAGGGUAAUUUUCGGUGGUUUCAUCAGGCUGAAGAUAUCGCCAGAUUGAGGAAACAUCAGCGCAAAGGAAAUUUCCCACAACAACUUGAGAAGGGUGAAAUUGUGUAUUCUCUUGAUGAUGACAAGAAUGAGAUCAGUACUGUCAUUGCGAAGUGUCAGGUGCUAAACGAACGUGAUUGGCAGCAGCGUCUCGGCCAGGAACAGGCGAAAGUUCAAGAUCAUGAGGAGAGCAUGGUGUGGUUUUGCAGAGGCCUGGUCAAAAGAAUGACAGGAUAUCACACUAUGGAUUGGAUGGGCAAUAAUGAAAUGAUGGCUCUAAAAGAGGAGAGUGUAGCGCAAGUGAAUAAAACACCCUCUAAUGAUUUUUCGAAAACCAAGCAAAUGCCUCGAAAGGUCAUCAAAUCAUCCUCAAAACAUAAGAUGGGCACUAUUAAAAUAGACAGUGCCUCAGAGGAAGAUUCAAAUGAAUAUCAAGCAAAUGCCAGUGAUGAACAGAGCAACGAGAGUGAGAGCGAGAAUGAUAAUUCUAGAAUGAAGAGGAAGAGAGGCCCUGCCAAGAAAAAGGCCGCAACUGUAGCGAACGUGCGAAAAUCCGCUAUCAUCUCUGUCUCUUCAAAACAUACUGGGUCCUCAACACCUCAAGUGCCAACAACCCACAGAUCGAUUUCAACUAUCGUACCAAAGACUGAUUUUGAGUUUGCGCGCAAUCGCUUGCAUGUAAAAGCCGUCCCCGAUUCACUGCCUUGCCGAGAGGAUGAAUUCAUGGAAAUUCAGGAGCAUUUGGAGAGUGCGCUUGAAGAAGGAACAGGCAGUUGCAUUUAUAUCUCUGGAGUACCUGGGACUGGAAAGACAGCCACGGUACUUGAGGUUAUUCGAUCAUUACAGGCGAAAGCUGAUAUAGGAGAAAUAUCACCAUUCCAAUUUGUUGAGAUCAAUGGAAUGAAGGUUACGGAGCCAUCGUAUGCAUAUGUACUCUUGUGGAUGGCAUUAUCAAAUCAAAAAGUCACUGCAAACCAUGCACUGCAGUUACUGGAAAAACAGUUCAGUACUCCGGGGCCUAGGAGAUUACCAUGCGUUGUAUUGAUGGACGAACUAGACCUGUUGGUCACUUCCAAACAAACCGUUAUGUAUAACUUUUUCGAAUGGCCAAACUGGCAGCACUCCAGAUUGAUUGUAGUGGCUGUCGCAAAUACAAUGGACCUGCCAGAGCGCAUGCUCUCCAACAAAGUGUCUAGUCGCUUGGGUCUUACUAGAAUUAAUUUUCAGCCCUACACUUAUCAGCAGCUUGUUACAAUUGUCGAGUCAAGAUUGGAAGGCAUUCGGGCGUUUAAAAAGGAGGCAAUCGAGUUUGCUGCACGUAAGGUUGGCGCUGUUUCGGGAGACGCUCGCCGUGCUCUUGAUAUAUGCAGGCGCGCUGUGGAGAUUGUGGAGAAUAAUGCACAGAAAUUAGAAGAGCAGCGACGAAGGACAUCUCAAAAGAAUCCUUUCUUAGACUUAGGACCUGCUCCGAAACCAGAGCAGGUGACAAUCCGUAUAGUGGAUCAAGCUAUCAAGGAAAUGUUUGCGUCGCCGAAUGUCCGUCUUAUCCAAACAGCUUCCUUGCAUCAAAAACUAUUUCUUGUAGCUUUGACCCUAAGGCUCCGGCGUCUUGGCUUGGCAGAAGUAGAGUUCUCAGAAAUCGCACACGCACACCUGCAAAUGUGUCGGCUUUAUAACCUUGAGCUUCCUAUGUUGAGCGACCUCUCAGCUAUUUGCGCGAGCUUAGGAUCUUCCAGGUGUCUGCUUGUUGAGUCUGGGAAACAGGAUAUUCAUCAGCGCGUUCGACUUAGUGUCAGUGAAGAAGAUGUAAUGAUGGCGUUGAAAACCGAUCCGCUCUUCAAACGAGCCUUAAAUACCCUAUCCUCUUAGCAUUAUAUUUGAAG